ACCUGAACACAGUUUCUGGCUGUGAGCUGUUUGGCAGGUUUGACAUGCCGAGUUUGUUUCAUCCGGGUGAAAUAAUGAUUGGGGGGAUUUUUCCAGUUUUCAACAAAGAGGUAAGCAGCACAUCUACAUUCGCGAGGGAGCCUCCAGGAGUGAAGUGCGCAGGAUUUGACCUGCGAGCCUUUCGAUGGACCCAAGUGAUGAUAUUUGCAAUUGAAGAAAUCAACAAAGAUCCUGCCCUCCUUCCAAACAUCUCUCUCGGCUACAGGAUCCUUAACUCUUGUGCAUCUCCUACUAAUGCUUUGCGUGCUGCUCUAACACUGGCCAGUAGACCAGAGGAGACAGAAUUUAAUUCUUCUUGCCCUCCAACAAUAUCUGCUGUCAUAGCAGCGUCAGGAUCAUCUCAGUCCUUAGCUGUGGCUGGAACUGUUGGUCCAUUUCAAGUGCCAAUAGUAAGUUACUUCUCAACAUGUGCCUGUCUGAGUGACAGAGCCAAAUAUCCCACCUUUUUUCGGACCAUCCCCAGCGACUACUUCCAGGCAAAAGCUUUGGCAGCGUUGGUUAAACAUUUUGGUUGGCAGUGGAUUGGAGCCAUACAGUCAGACAAUGAUUAUGGGAGAAAUGGGAUCCUGUCUUUCACUGAAGAGGUCAAAAAGUUAGGAGUUUGUAUUGCCUUUGUUGGGACAAUUUUGCGUACAUACUCUAUGGAUAAAAUCCUGGAUGUUGUGGAAAUGAUCAGAAGAUCAACUGUUAAAGUCAUUUUGGCUUUUGUUCCUGAGGGAGACUUUUAUCCUUUGAUGAAAGAGGUGGUCAAACAGAACAUUACAGGAAUUCAGUGGAUUGCUAGUGAGGCUUGGAUAACAGCUGCUCGACCCUCAACACCUGAAAUCUACCAAGCUUUUGGUGGAGCUCUAGGAUUUGUGAUGCAGAAAAUGACAAUGCCUAAACUAAGACCAUUUCUUACAAAUAUCAGUCCUUAUACAGAUCCAAGUGCAGCCUUUGUGAAGGAUUUCUGGGAGAUUAUGGUGGGCUGUAGACCUGUUUUACCUGAAGAACACAGAAUGGGUAAAAUAUGCACAGGCAAUGAGACAUUAAUGAAUUCCCAGCAUGCGUUUUUUGAUGUCACACAGCUCAGAGUUACUUAUAAUGUGUACAAAGCAGUGUAUGCCAUUGCACAUGCCCUUCAUCAGCUGAUAUUCUGCAAACCAGCUGGACAAAAACCUGUGAGGCCAUGUUUGAAUGUGUCAGAAAUUCAGCCCAAAACGGUCACUGAUCAUCUUCAAAGGGUGAAUUUCAGGAAUGAGUUUGGGGAUGAUGUGUUUUUUGAUGAGAAUGGAGACCCUCCUGCUUCUUAUGAUAUUAUUAACUGGCAGCUGAGAAACGGACAGGUGCAGCAUGUGACUCUGGGUCAUUUUGCUUCUGCUGCAAACGGUGAUUUUAGGCUCAACAUCCAGGAGGAGAAGAUAGUGUGGAGGACGGGGAAAAGGGUUCCCACAUCAGUGUGCUCGAAUGUUUGUCCUGUGGGAACCAGGAAAGCUCAGAUUAAGGGAAAACCUACAUGUUGUUUUGACUGUAUCCCGUGUGCUGAUGGAACUAUAGCCAAUUCAACAGGUGCAGCAGACUGCACACCCUGUCCACAGGAAUACUGGUCCAAUGAGAGGAAAGACGAGUGCAUUCCCAAAACAACUGAGUUCCUGAGGUACCAUGAGCCGAUGGGAAUAGCUCUGACAGUUGUAUCUCUGCUGGGAGCCUCCCUGUCACUGGUUACCAUGAUGGUUUUUAUCCACUACAGAGAAACUCCUGUAAUAAAGGCCAGUAACUCAGAGCUCAGCUGUUUCUUGCUGUUUUCUCUCUUCCUCUGUUUUCUCUGUCCUCUCACUUUCAUGGGCAAACCCACAGUGUGGACCUGCAUGCUGCGCCACACAGCUUUUGGUGUGACAUUUGCUCUUUGUAUUUCCUGUGUCUUGGGGAAAACGAUUGUUGUUGUUACAGCUUUCAAAGCCACAAUUCCUGGCAACAAAGUUGCAGGAAAGUUUGGUCCUGCACAGCAAAGGAUCAUCGUUUGUUCCUGCACCAUGAUUCAAAUACUGAUAUGUGUAUUGUGGCUGAAGUUCAAGCCACCUUUCCCUGACAUGGUUUUCAGAUACAGUAACAAGAAGAUUGUUUUAGAAUGCAACACAGGCUCUGAGGCUGCUUUCUAUGCGGUGCUGGGCUACAUAGGAAUCCUUGCCAUAAUAUGUUUGGUUCUGGCAUUUCUGGCAAGAAAGUUGCCUGAUAACUUUAAUGAAGCCAAAUUUAUCACAUUCAGCAUGUUGAUAUUCUGUGCUGUGUGGAUCACAUUUAUCCCAGCAUACAUCAGUUCUCCUGGGAAGUUCACUGUGGCUGUGGAAAUCUUUGCAAUUUUGUCCUCAGCGUUUGGCUUGUUAAGUAGCAUCUUUGCACCUAAAUGUUACAUAAUAUUGGUGAAGCCAGAGAAAAAUACCAAGAAACAUGUCAUGGGAAUAAAUGGUAUCCAAAAAAAUCUGAUAUUUUAAUAGAUUGUGUUAUGUUAAAAUAAUUUUAUCUAAUGUAAUAUGGUUAAAUGAAUAAAACAUAUUUAAAAGUGUGCAUUUAACAUACACACAAAAGUUUUGUA